AGAGAGAGGAGAGAGGGUGUGUGUGUGUGUGUGUGUGUGUGUGUGUGUGUGUGUGUGUGUGUGUGUGUGUGUGUGUGUGUGUGUGUGUGUGUGUGUGUGUGUGUGUGUGUGUGUGUGUGUGUGUGUGUGUGUGUGUGUGUGUGUGUGUGUGUGUGUGUGUGUGUGUGUGUGUGUGUGUGUGUGUGUGUGUGUGUGUGUGUGUGUGUGUGUGUGUGUGUGUGUGUGUGUCUUGUGUAGCGAGGAGGAUUGGGGGUGGGAUUUCAUGACGUUACCGGCUCCGCCUCCGGGUGUAUAAAACGGGCGCUUGGCGCGCAACGACCCCAAGCAGCAGCUUUGAAGCUUGAGCAACCGAGCUCGGCAUCCCCAACCCAACUCGGCUGAACUCAGCCUCACCGAACCCUAUCCGAGACGCUCCGCGCUCUGGGCUUGCAAAAGCUCCCCGAUCCUUCCUAGCAUCCUCUUCAAUUCCAGCCAGAAUGCUGUGGCAGGCGCUUUGCAGAUUUGGUCAAAAGCUGGUACGCAGACGUACACUGGAGCCAGGCAUGGCUGAGACUCGCCUUGCUAGAUGCCUGACCACUCUGGAUUUAGUGGCCCUAGGUGUGGGCAGCACAUUGGGUGCAGGCGUGUAUGUCCUGGCUGGCGAGGUGGCCAAAGAUAAAGCAGGACCAUCCAUUGUGAUCUGCUUUUUGGUGGCCGCCCUAUCUUCUAUGUUGGCUGGGCUGUGCUAUGCAGAGUUUGGUGCUCGGGUUCCCCGUUCUGGUUCUGCGUAUCUCUACAGCUAUGUCACUGUGGGUGAACUCUGGGCCUUCACCACUGGCUGGAACCUCAUCCUCUCCUAUGUCAUCGGUACAGCCAGUGUAGCCCGGGCCUGGAGCUCAGCUUUUGACAACCUGAUUGGGAACCACAUCUCUCAGACCCUGCAGGGGAGCAUCUCACUGCACGUUCCCCAUGUCCUCGCAGAAUAUCCAGACUUUUUUGCUAUGGGCCUUGUGUUGUUGCUCACCGGAUUGCUGGCUCUGGGGGCUAGUGAGUCAGCCCUGGUUACCAAAGUGUUCACGGUGGUGAAUCUUUUGGUUCUCGGUUUUGUCAUCAUCUCUGGCUUCAUUAAGGGAGAUCUUCACAACUGGAAGCUCACAGAAGAGGACUACAAACUGGCCGUGGCUGGACUCAAUGACACCUAUAGCUUGGGCCCUCUGGGCUCUGGAGGGUUUGUGCCUUUCGGCUUCGAGGGGAUUCUCCGUGGAGCAGCGACCUGUUUCUAUGCAUUUGUUGGUUUCGACUGUAUUGCUACCACUGGGGAAGAGGCCCAGAAUCCCCAGCGUUCCAUCCCCACAGGCAUUGUGAUUUCACUCUUCGUCUGCUUUUUGGCCUAUUUUGGUGUCUCUUCGGCACUCACACUCAUGAUGCCUUACUACCAGCUUCAACCCGAGAGCCCCUUGCCUGAGGCCUUUCUCUAUACUGGAUGGGACCCUGCCCGCUAUGUUGUAGCCAUCGGAUCCCUCUGUGCUCUUUCUACCAGCCUCUUGGGCUCUAUGUUCCCCAUGCCUCGGGUGAUCUACGCGAUGGCAGAGGAUGGCCUCCUGUUUCGUGUCCUUGCCCGGAUCUACACCGGCACACACACCCCCAUCGUGGCCACUGUGGUCUCUGGCAUUAUCGCAGCAUUCAUGGCAUUCCUCUUUGAACUCACUGAUCUGGUGGACCUCAUGUCAAUUGGGACCCUGCUUGCUUACUCCCUGGUGGCUAUUUGUGUUCUCAUCCUCAGGUAUCAGCCUGACCAGGAGAUGAGGAAUGAGGAAGGUGAAGUGGAGUUGCAGGAGGAGAAGAUCCAUGAAGCAGAGAAGCUGACCCUACAGGGACUAUUUUGUCCACUCAACUCCAUCCCCACUCCACUCUCUGGCCAAGUUGUCUAUGUUUGUUCCUCACUACUUGCUCUACUGCUGAGUGUCCUUUGCCUGGUGCUGGCCCAGUGGUCCACUCCACUGCUUUAUGGAGACCCAGUGUGGAUUGCAGUGUUUGUGCUGCUCCUGAUGCUCAUUACUGGGAUCACUGGAGUCAUCUGGAGACAGCCACAGAGCUCCACUCCACUUCACUUUAAGGUACCUGCUUUGCCUCUCCUCCCACUAAUGAGCAUCUUUGUGAAUAUUUACCUUAUGAUGCAGAUGACAGCUGGUACCUGGGCCCGAUUUGGGGUCUGGAUGCUGAUUGGGUUUGCUAUCUACUUCGGCUAUGGGAUGCAGCACAGCCUGGAAGAGGUUAAGAGUGACCAACCCCCACUCAAGUCUAGGGCCAAAACUGUAGACCUGGAUCUCAGCAGUGCCUGUACACAUUCGAUUUGACAUCAUCACACCUGAAUGCUGUCUGUUCUCCCCGCACAAUAAUGGAGAGUACUCCUGACCACACAGAGAGCUAGGCUUGCCAUGGGAUGUUGGUGGGGCAACACAGAUAGAGCUCUGUAUUUAUUGUGGAGUGAAGGAUGUGUCUGCUCUUUCUUGUCUUUUUUUUUUUCACUCGUCUACUUUUUAACUGUAUCUGUAGCUGCUUACUGGCUUUUAAAAAAUUAUUAAAAGAAACUAGAAA